AUGUCCCACACUCACUCCCACGACGGCGGUCACUCCCACUCACACGAUGGAUCCGGGUUUAACGCUCAAGAACACGGUCAUUCUCAUGAGAUCCUCGACGGACCGGGUUCUUACCUUGCACGCGAGUUACCAAUUGUCGAAGGGAGGGAUUUCAGAACUAGAGCUUUUACGGUGGGGAUUGGUGGCCCCGUCGGCUCCGGCAAAACCGCCCUAAUGCUCGCCCUCUGCCUCCACCUCCGCGACAACUACAACAUAGCAGCAGUAACAAACGACAUCUUCACCCGCGAAGACCAAGAAUUCCUCGUCAGAAACAACGCCCUACCAUCAGAACGAAUCCGAGCAAUCGAAACCGGUGGCUGUCCUCACGCCGCCGUUCGAGAAGAUAUCUCCCAAAACCUAGCCGCCUUGGAAGAUCUUCAUAAGGAGUUUAAAACACAACUGUUACUAAUCGAAAGUGGUGGUGAUAAUUUGGCAGCGAAUUAUAGUAGGGAGUUGGCGGAUUUUAUUAUUUAUGUGAUUGAUGUCUCCGGCGGCGAUAAAAUCCCCAGAAAGGGCGGUCCGGGAAUAACCCAAUCCGACCUUCUGAUCAUAAACAAAACAGAUCUAGCACCUUACAUCGGUGCAUCUCUCGAAGUAAUGGAUAGAGACGCCAAAAAGAUCAGAGAAGGCGGUCCCACCAUCUUCGCCCAGGUUAAACACGGUGUCGGUGUCGAUGAGAUCGUUGGCUUGAUAUUGAGCGCUUGGAGGAGUAGUGGUGCUAGUUCUGUUUUGUAA